AUGUCAACUACUCAAGAUUCGAAAAAAACAACCGGCACUUACAAACGUUCAAGAGUCAGUAGAGGAGGUAAACAACAAAACACUGCAUUUCGUGGCAGUGGAGGAGCAGAACCAAGGAAAGGAUAUAAGAAAAAUUCCAACUUUGAUGAAAAUUCACCAUCCAUCACCACCACCACCACCAUCAAACAACAAAUUGAAGAAAUUCCUGAAGAUGAACAAUGUAUAAUAUGUGCCGAACGGAUCAAAUAUGCUGCAUUAACACCAUGUAAUCAUACAACGUGUCAUAAAUGUACAUUCAGACAACGUAGUUUAUAUGAAAGAAACACAUGUCUAAUAUGUCGAAGUGAAAAUGAUAAAAUUAUCAUCACUGAAUUGAUCGAUAAAGAUUAUGAUGAAAUUAGUGCCGACCAAAUCACUGGAUUUGAUGAAAAAUAUAGAAUUGAAUUCACUCAAGAUUAUGUUCAAAAAGAUACAUUAGCAUUAUUAGAGAAUACUUGUUCUAUAUGUCGUCAACAACAAACUUUCCCAGAAUUUAAACAAUUAAUAGAUCAUGCUAAAGAAAUUCAUGGCAAAUAUUAUUGUUUAAUUUGUUCUAAAUUCAAAAAAGCUUUCAUACCAGAAUUACCAUUAUACAGUUAUAAACAAUUACAAAGACAUCAAAGUGAAGGUGAUGGAAAUGGAAAUGGAACUGGAACUGGAAAUGACACAGAAACAGGGUUCAAAGGUCAUCCAGAAUGUAAACAUUGUCAUGGUAAAAGGUUUUAUUCAGAAGAUGAAUUAAAUGUUCAUAUUAGAGAUCGUCAUGAACGUUGUCAUAUAUGUGAUCAAUCUAAUCCUAAGACCGCCGAUUAUUAUAAAAAUUAUGAUAAUUUAUAUAUUCAUUUCACAAAAGCUCAUUAUGUUUGUAGUGUUGCCAGUUGUAUUGAAAAAAGAUUUGUGGUAUUUAGAGAUGAUUUAGAUUUAACGGCUCAUAUGUUGAAAGAACAUGGUGGUAUUACAGGAAGUAAUAAUCGAGUGAUUAUUGGUUCAAAUUCCCAUCAUCAUUUUUCACAAUUAUCAACUUUUAAUGAAGGGAAUUCACGUCGUUCUAAUAAUGAUAGAUGGAUGGGUGAAGAUGAUGAUAUAUUACAACAAUCACCAGAAAUUAAACGGAAAAGAUUUGAAGAAAGAGCUAAACAUUAUUUAAAUUAUAAUCAAACCAAAGUUGAAGAAUUUCAAUCUUUAAAUAAUAAUUUUAAAAAUAAAAAUAUCAAUGCUAAGGAAUUAUUAUCAAUUUAUCAACGGGAUUUAUUUAUUCAUCAAACUCAAGAAGAAUUGAAUAUUUUGAUUAAAGAAUUUCUGGAAUUUUUCCCCCCAAAUUCAGAUUUACAUAAAGAUUUAAUUUCUGUAAUCAAAGAUAAUGUUCUUGAGGUUGAUAAUACUUCUCUUCCACGUGAACUGUUCCCAGUAUUAGGAGGUUUGAAAAGUAAUGGUAAUAUUAAUAUGAAUUCAAAUUGGGUUAAUAAUAAUAAUAAUAAUAAUAAUAAUAAUACAACUCGUCGUACCAAUUCACCAUCAACUAUUAAUGAAAAAUUCCCGGCUUUAGCUAAACCAACGAAAAAGAAUUUUGUGAAUCCUAAUAGUCAACCCAUUAGAUAUACCACUAUUUUAAAACCACAACCGAAAAAGAAAGCAAUUUUGAUGAAUAUAUCUCAAACAUCAAAUAGUGAUUAUACCCCAAAUUAUCUAAACAAUAUCAAUAAUAGAACCUCGUCAUCAUCAUCAUCAUCACCAUCAAUGCCAAUAUUAGGCAAUGGCAGUAGUAGUGGUGCAGGAGGAGGAGGAGGAGGAGGAUUUACUAGUAGUGGCAGUUCCUCAUUUGCAUCAUCUAGAAACAGUUCAAGUACAGCAUUAGAUGAUAAGAAAUUUCCAACAUUACAGAAAAAAAAACAAAUUAAAAAAGUGAUAAUACCAAGAGUUAAUGAAGUGAAAGUUGCUGAUCCAAAUUCAUGGGGUAAAAAACAAUCUCAACCAAGUAUCACCCCAAAUAUUAAUAAUGAUUUGGAUGGUAUUGAAAUAAUUGAUAAAAGAAAACAAAAAAUGAAACGGAAACAAGAGAAAUUGUUAUUCAGUAAUGCAAUCUAA